CAGUCGAGUGACAUGGUUGGCCAGAGGGAGGCGCGGUGCAGCCUUCGUCCUUCAUUUGAAUAUGACAAUUAAUGGGGAAGUUUGACUAAACCCUUAGCCUUGUAAAGCACAGUGGACAGAGCAGGAUACGCACAGACCGUCAACGUCCAAGCGGAGCACUACCAAGCAUUUUCAGGUAUAGUCAUGGAGAAGUCGCUGCAUGUGCUCCAACUUCACCACUGAGCUGAGACAAAUCUUCAAUAGAUGAGGCUAUUGCUUGACGUCUUGACAAGCUUGACAAGUGCACGUGGUGCUCAGUGCAUGGCAAAAUUUACAGUGCUGCCUGCAUAGGCGUUCUACAAGAUUAGUUGGGAGACUAACACCCCCAUCAUCAUUUCACUGUGCGUCUCCUUCUUGGCGCUCUAAACCUGAUCAUCAGUGGAAGUGCUCCCGAGCUGCAGCAAGCCCAACUGUGACAUCCUUCCACUAUUCAGAGUGUGCUCAGGCUGGCUGGCUGCUGCACAGGCACCAUGGAGCAGAAAUCCCCUAAGGAUGAGAGCACCGCCAAAGGACAGGAGUCUCUGUCCUACCAGCGGAGGAUGUGGAAGCAUUUCCAGGAGAAAACCAAGCCUUGGCUCAGUCCUAAACUGGGAUCGGAGCGUCGGGGUACCGGGGGCGCGGAGGGCAGCAAAAAGGAAUCGGGGUUAUGGAUGUUUAAGAGGAAAAAGAAACAGCUGGACCGAGUUUUUUCGUCGUCUCAGCCGAAUCUGCGCUGCUCUCCGCCGGCGCCUUUUGCAGGAGAUAAGACGUCCCAUGGAAGCGACGCGCUCCCCGGCACCAGCAGCGAUCCCCUUGGCGCAGCUUCAGGAGCCACGGGGAGCAAACCCGAGCUGACGGCGCACGGAAGCCCGAAACUCCCCGUAUCCCAGCUGAUCACGUACCAGCAGAAGAGCUCCUCUCUCGGCUCGGCGUGCUUCGAGAAACUGGUGAUGGACCCGGCCGCGGUGGAGGGAGAGGAGGAGCAGCCGCGUAAAAACGCAAGUGAUUCUCUUGUAGGGCUGUAUGGGCCAUAUGACUACAACCAAUGCCUGUGA